AUGGAAUCAAAUCCAGAUACAAAGCAUCCAGAAGUAAUUCGGGAAUAUGAAACGACUAGAACGCAUGACAUUAGAGAUCAGUCGAUCCCUAUUAAUAGUCCUUCGUCUAUACUGGGGUUGCAGCGAACUCCGCAACAGAUGGGAACUCCUCCGCAAUCUCGUGCACAAGGACAACCUCAGAUACAAUCACGACCUGUCUUGCGUCCGCCCUUACAAGCUCAACAAACAUCGGCACAACCUGUUGGGCAGCCGCAAGUGACGCAACAAUAUCACCGUCAAAUACAAGCAAAUCCGCAGUCAACUCGACUGCCGCAUCAAUUGUUGCAUCAGGGUUUAUCUCUUCAAUUACGCCCUCAGGCAUUAUCUAACGGGCGGGGGCAGUCGAUUGACGGAAAUAGAUUGGUAUCUAAUAUGGAGUUGUUUCAACAAUUAAUUCGAAACCAGCAACAAAACCAACAGCCGCAACAACAGCCCGCAUAA